UCAUUUCUAUCAUCUUCUUUCACUGAAAAACCAGAACCCUACGCCAUUCGCCGUCCGCCAUGGCCAUUCUGAGCAUCUCCGACCGCCAAAUCCCCCUCAACUCCCACGACUACUACGAUAUCACUUUCGACAACGAUGCUAUCCUGACUCUCCUUACUGCCUGUCUUUCCGUGGUCGACAUGUGGAUCUCUGAAAUCCUCCGCAUCCACCGCCGCAGACUCCACCGUCUCGUCGUCGGGCUUGACAUUGAGUGGCGCCCUAACUUCAAUCGUCGUUACCGUAAACCCGUUGCCACUUUGCAACUCUGCGUUGGUCGCCGCUGCCUCAUCUUCCAACUCAUCCACACCUCCGAAAUACCUGAGUCUUUGAUCGAUUUCUUGGAGGACGAUACCUUCACUUUCGUCGGCGUCGGAAUCGAUCAGGACGUUCAACAGCUCUACAAUGACUACGAUCUGAAAGUCGCUAACACUGUCGAUCUUAGGGAGUUGGCUGCCAAUGAGAUGGAGAGAGAUGAUUUGAAGAAUGCGGGACUGAAGAUUUUGGGAAGAGAGGUUCUCGGAAGGGAGAUUGAUAAGCCGAGAAAUGUGACGCUGAGUCAGUGGGAUCGUCAAUGUCUGAGUCCUGGUCAGGUACUCUAUGCUACUGUUGAUGCUUUUUUGUCGUUUGAGAUUGGAAGGUAUCUGCUGAGUUAACUGGAAUCGAAUCGAAUCGAUAUGAAUGUUUAGGGAUUUUGAUAUUGGUUUUGGUUGU